CUGGGCCAUUCAGCCCAUUCUAUCCCAGUGAACCCCAGGUUUUUCGCGUACACGCAUGCGCACUUCUGGCUGAAUCUAGUAAAUACAAAUAUACAAUAUGGCGUCAAUUGGAGAUGUUCGAAAUGCGGCUAAGAAAUUCACGCUUAUACCAGCUAAGUGGAAGGAUUAUAUUCCAUGUGGCAAAAUUAUAGCUAAUGAGAGAUUGGUGCCAUUUAAAACUCCACUGUCAGAGAAAUAUCAUUGCACAGGAGAGGAGACUCAUCCAGAAGACUGCUUACAAAAGAAUGAAGAAUUCACCCCAAAAGAUCUUUGCAAGAUUUUUGAUGAAAGAGGCAACAAUUUGGGGCUAGUUGUUGAUUUUACUAACACGAAACGUUAUUAUGAUGCACAGGAGUUUAUCAAGCGUGAAAUUGAUUACAAAAAAAUUAAAUGUGAGGGCAAGAUAAUACCACCUGAGAAGGUGGUCAAUAGAUUCAAAGCUGCUGUCUUAUCAUUUUUUAAGGAAACCCCAAAUUCUGCUUCUGUUGUGGGAGUUCAUUGUACUCAUGGUCUUAACCGAGCAGGAUAUAUUGUAUGUAGAUAUUUGAUCGAGUGUAGAGGAUACUCACCAAAGGAAGCUAUUGAAGCUUUCAAUAAAGCCAGGGGACAUAAAAUGGAAAGAGAAAACUAUCUGGAGGAUUUACAACAACGGAAACCCCAAACAUUAUCCAAACAAGAUGAGAAGCGCUUGAUCGAAACAGCACCACCCAGUGACGAUGAAUGUCCUCCCGAGAGUUACCCGCGACGAGAUCAUACUGACGUGCAUCAUCGACAACGUGGUAAUAGGUAUGCUCCAUAUUCUCCUAGUAGACCACAACAUCGUGGCCCUCGGGAUGGCAAGCGUGGAUACAGAACGUUCCACGAGGAUCGUUAUCCAGCACGGGAGGACGACCGCUGGUAUCCUGAAGUAGAUUUUGUCGAUCAAAGGAUAGAAAGUCGUCGUGUGCGAGACACGCCGAGAUACGGGGAUAAUAGGGGUCAUUUGACUUAUGAUGUGGAUCGGUAUCCACAUGUGGAUGAAGAAAGGUUGCCAGGCUAUCGCGAGAGACGCAUAAACGAAACUGAUCGUCGGGGUGAACUGCGAUCUGACAGGAAUUUUCAUCGUGAAAGAUUUUACCCGGAAAAUUCUUGCGAACAUGAUGAUUAUUAUAGAAGGCAUGAAAUAGACCAAUGGAAUCAUACAAGACAUCAUGAUUGUUACCUCAGUGCGCCUCCUCGUGGGAGAAACGAUAGAAGAUGGGAGGAAGAAGACUACAUGGUAAAUUAUGAUCGGUACCACAGGCACAGCAGAGAUGACAGAUAUCAUUAUAGUAGAUCGAGUCGAUAUCAUAGAUGAAGACUGAAAAGUUUAUUGAAACUACUAUAGUGGAUAAGAAGUAGGCGGACGCCAGGAAAGGUAUGGUUUUUAAAGUUGCCAAGAAUGAAACAAUGUAACUCUCGCAAGUUAGUAUGCUCAUUAGUUGCCUUUGUUUUUAAAUAAUUUUUACUUAGACUAAAUUUUGCCAUAUGAUUUUAGAACCUCUUAAACGGCUCUAUAUCGACGAAUGUUUUAUUUAUAGCUGCAAGAAAAACAUUUUUAGAUUUAUUCUGCAUAAAUCGAGUAAAUAAAAUCGUAAGAGGUUACUCCACACUUUUUGAAACCGAAAAAUCAUAAUAUAUUUUGCACUU